UGAUUCAUUUCGUAAAAAUCUUGAUAUGCAUCACAGUUUCUGCUCCACUGCAAAACGAUCACACGAAUUACGAAUUUCUGGGAACCACUGAUCCUGCGCGGUGUUCAGAUCAAAGCGCAACAAACCUCAUCUCAUCUCAUCACAAAUCACGAGCGACGAGGGGAGAAGAAAAAACACAACAGACACAAUCAUGUCGACCAUGAACCGCAUCAGCAAAGCCAACCCUGCGCUCGCCGCCAAAAUCACACAGAUGGCCUUACCCCUCGCGCCACUCGUUCGCCUCACAACCGGUAAAAUUCAUCCAUCGUUCCCAAAGCAACUUCUCAAUUUCUGGCUUCUUACGUCCGAGGAACUAGACGAGCUAGCUCAUUUUUAUCAUCAGCGCACCCCGUGUGAAUGGACUUCCUCUUAUCCAUGUCCGGUAAAAUGGGACGUGAAUGCGGGUUUGGAGGUUAAGAGGAUGAGGUUGGGAAGGUUUAUUGGGUUGAAGGGCUGUGAGAGUCCAGUGGAGACGGUCGAGGAGAUUGAGAGCAGAGUUCGGUCGGAAAGGGCGAAGAGGGCGGAAGAGGAGACAUGGAGGAAUAAGAACAAGUGGUAUUAGGUCCGAGAGUUGUUUGAAAGCUAAAUACGUCUCUAUGG